AUGAUGUAUCAGUCUGUCGGGAAAAUAACGGCGGAUCGUCGCGCCUCGGAAUCGCCCAUCAUCGCUUUGCGACUGCAAACCGCGGCUUGGGAUUUGGUGCGCGAUAGCGGCGAGGUGAGACAUUUUGCUGCGACAAUCCGCCGUUAUUUUCCCGAUAGACUGAUAUACGCCUUUUCGUAAGUGCGUAGACUGUUUACCGGAGCGCACAGUGCAUUUUGCCAAUUUUUGCACUGUCCGCGACGAGUUUGCAAUGGCACGGUGCAGAAGGUCAACUGCACAGUGCGGGAAACUCGCGACAAUCGUCGGACAGGAAUCGGCGACACGCAGUAUGAAAAAACAAAAUUUCUCUCGCACUGUGCAAUUUCUUGCUCAUUGCACCGUGCAAUAUCCUUUUUUGGGCUUUCGCUCGCACCCUAACUUUUUUUGCACAGUGCAAACACCAAAAAUUGGUCCGGCAACUUAGCAGAAGGACUAUGUAUCAGUCUGUCGGAAAAAUAACGGCGGAUCGUCCCUUCAAAAUUUCUCGCCUCGCCGCUAUCGCGCGCCAAAUCCCAAGUCGCGGCUUGCAGUCGCAGAACGGUGAUGGGCGAUUCCGAGGCGCGACGAUCCGCCGUUAUUUUCCCGACAGACCGAUAUAAGGGCAAAAAAUGGUAAAAAUAUAAAAUUUUGAAAAAUUGAAGUCAAUGUUAUUUUUCUAAAAUUAGCAUAAAAUUUAAAAUUUUUUUUUUUUUUUUUUUUGAUUUCAAAAUCCCCGAAGGUCAAUUCUUCUUAUUGCUUUCUGAUCAUUUAUCGGUUGGUCCUCUCCUCCUCCUUGAUGUUAAAUUUAUGUGCCCAAGUCUGUCUUCAAUUGCUCUGUCUGUUUUCGUUAACACUAAUUCAAUGCCUGAAGUCGCAGGGGAAGAAGAAGAACAAAACCGAGACAAAGGCGACAACGCUAGCUUCGGUGGAUCCAAUUUCAAUCAAUGUGCCGGCAAGUUGAAGCGAAAAUGAUGAUUAAUAUAGGAUUUUUUCAGCCAAUGGAGCCGUUUGUGUGGGAUAAUAAGGUAAGUUUUGGGGGAAAUCGCUGAGAAAUGGGUAGCUUGACAUUUAAAUUGGACUUUUUUGAUAAUUUUCAAAAAAAAAAUUUUUUUAAAGUUGACAAAAAUGCUUUCUACCAUCUUCUAAGACACCCCCAUUAUUUUUAUCCUAAAUUUUUCCCCGAAAAAAUCAAGAUUUUUGCGAUUUUUUGGCCACUUCUGCCUCUAAAUUAACUCUAAAUAUUGUCUCUCAUUUUCCAGCAAGAACAGCCCGGAAAAAAGAAGAAAUCCCCCAAAAAGGAUCCAAUGCGACCGAAGGACCACAAAGACUCCAAAGAAUCCAAAAAUUCCAAAGAAAGUGAGCCGACUUCAGGAGAUACGAAGAUAAAGACCAAGCCAACGAGCAAGAAAGUCACCAAACAAAAGGUUGCCGAAGAGAAACACGCGGAUAGUCGCAAACGAGCCGAGUCUUUCGGGAGGAAAAAAACGUUAACGAAGAUCAAAGAAGCCAAAUCAAAAGAGGAUUCUAAAGAAUCCCCGGGAAGGGUGAGUGGCCUUGAUAUACCUACAUAUGUAUACUAUAUAUUUAGUAUAUUCACAGGGGAAGUACCCCAAAUGCAACUCAUAGAUCUUGAAGAAACUUGGCACAAAUUUAGAAUAAUCUUUUCUAAAAUAUAUGCGAGAAUCCUAGCUCGCGCUUUGCAGAAACAACCGAGAUUUUUAGAUCGAAAGUCGGCAAAAAUUUAGGACUUUUUACCAAAUUUUGGCACGAAAAGUUUCAUACCUAAUUCUACUGCCGAGAGUAAUAUUUCCAGAAAAAAGAAACAAAUUUUAUCCGAAAUUGGUAACGUUAUGGCCAAAAAGUGUUUUUCUCUCUGACCGCUCUCCGCGUUUUGCAUACUCUCUCCGCCGACAAAAUUGUUGAAUAUCUCAUCUGCACCAGCAAAGCGCGAGCUAAAACUUUCAGGAAUUGAUAUCUAGUCUAUUCCCAACAUGUGUACAAAUUUUAAAGAGAAUCUGAGCGUCCGACAUGGGGUACUUCACUUGUUAGUAAACAUCAGUUUGUCGGGAAAAUAAUGUGGAUUUGUCGCUGAAAAAUGCAUCAGUCAUCACAUUCGCGCUAAAAAUCUCCACUGACGGCUAGCCAUUGCAAAGCGAUGAAGGCUGAUCUCAAAGCGCGACGAAUCCACAUUAUUUUCCCGACAGAUUGAUAAUUGAUUUUAUUGGAGGUAAGACUUCCGGAUUUGUUUGAAAUUUCCUUUAUAGAUUCCUUAUAGACCCCAAAGUCAUCACUGAAAAUUUCAGCAUUUUGUUUACAACUACGGCUGAGAUAUUACUCUUUCAUAGUAACCAUCUUUGAAGAACAAAGGCCAUAAAAAUUUUCGAAAAAAACAUUGUAAAAAAUUUUUAGAACACCGAAUCCACCGGCUCCAGCGAAAAUGACGAGACCCUAAAAGACGUCGCAUCACUCAAGGUUGACCCAGCAGUUGCACCUUCACCACAUUACUAG